GCUUUAAAAUCAGUUGUUCAAGGUAAUAUAGUUUUAUGGUGGUUUUUUUUAUUUGGUUCUAUUGACCUAUUUCAGAGUGGGCCCUUUUAUGCUGAAGACGUAUUUAUUACAACCUUAAUUCUUCUUUUAAAACUAAUUGGUUUUAAUUGCAGUUUUAUUCUACAGUUUUAAAGCGUCCUUGAAGUUUGGUGCUACUUGGAUUACCACUUUUUCAUGCCCUUUUCUUAUUUAUAUUGUAUAACAUGAUCUAAGCUUGUAUCCAGUUUCUUCCUCUACCUACUGGGUAUUUUUACGCAUUUGUAUUCUACUAAAUACUAAUAACAGUUUUCUCCAUUUUUUUUAUUACGUCGCAAAACUAAUAAUUACUUCUUUUUCAUUUCAGGCGAUGCAAGACGUAUUAAAAAUGCAAUCGGGCGAUAUGACGAUAGAAUGGAGCUACAUUCCAAGCAAAGAAAUUCCAGGUGUUAUUCUUCACGACAGACUUAUGACGGACGCUGUUUUAGGAACGAGACCAAUCAAAAGUGAACACUCAUACAGCCUAGCUUCAGAUGGAGACAGCCUACCAGAUUCGCCUACUUCCUACCAUAAAGUUGACGUCGAUUUUUCAGAUAUGGAAGAUGAAUGUUUCCCCGCGAUCUCCAUGAAAACUGCCUGCGGAAAUCUACAAUCAGAUACAUUGCAUAUCAAAGACGAGCCAAAUAGUGAGACAGACAGCAACCAUUCGUCCUGCCCUUCGUCUCCCCAAUCGAUCUACGUCAAUGCUAGUGAUAUACCUCUAGACGUCGAAAUGUCGCCCGUGCACCGUACUACAGUCUUCAAACACUCCACGAACACCAUUGUAACUUCUCCGCACACGGUCAUCCCCCAAAGAUUACAGUUACCCGUACAAAAGUCCAAUGCCACCACAACCAAUACCAGCAUAAAAGUCGACACCACAGCUUUCCAUAAUCUACCUCCAACGCCACCAUCUUGCAGCAGUAGCGAAGACAGCGAGGACGUCAUUUCCCAACCUAGUUCACCUGCCUCUCGAAAAACUGGCAGGCUCGUAUUGGCCCAACCCUCCACCAGGCAGCCCAUAAACACACCUCUUAUCAGUACUCAACCGAAAGGAUCCACGGGCACAUUAAUUCUGACAGAGGAAGAGAAGAGAACGUUAAUUGCAGAAGGUUACCCAGUUCCUACACGCCUACCACUCACGAAAUCUGAAGAGAAAUCCUUGAAAAAGAUCAGGAGGAAAAUUAAAAAUAAGAUUUCUGCGCAAGAAAGCCGACGAAAAAAGAAGGAGUACAUGGACCAGCUGGAGAGGAAGGUCGAGCACCUCGUCACCGAAAACAGCACAUACCGGCAAAAAAUCGAAAUCCUCGAGGAUUCGAAUUCGAACCUGCUCGGCCAACUUCAAAAACUCCAAGCGAUCGUCGCCCGAACGCACCCGCAAAUCAUCAAACAACUGAAACAAAUUAAUUAG